CAAUCCCAGUACAUGUUUACAAGAUAACAUUUUGUUUCCAAUACAUGUUUAUGCCACGUAUAAUUUUAUCAAAAUCUAUAUUAGAACAAGAAUGUGGAUAGGAUGUAGAAGUUGAAAAAACAACUUUAGGAAAUUGUUAAAAUCCACUUUGGAAAGAAAAGAACGGAUAUAUAGAUAGGUAAAUGAGCAUAUCAUCGUUUAAUGUUAUUUUUUGUCAGAGAUAGCUAUUUAGAGAUAUAAUCAUAUGAAGGAAAAAUGUUUUUUAACUUUCAUUUUGCGUCAACAAUAUUGCCUUCGUUUUACAUAUAUUCAUAGACAAUGGGAUCUGAAAUGGAUAAUUGCGGUCCAUGUCAGUUUAGAAAUGAGGACAAAAAGGCAACUAAAUACUGUUUGACAUGUGAGGAGUCACAAUGCAGUACAUGUGCUGAUAUUCAUGCAAGUAGUAAAGCUACCAGAAAACACCUUUUAUUAGCAAUUACCGACUUAAAGACAGUGUCAAAGACUACUGAAGACUUGGAAAAGUUUCAAAACUGCAAUGACCAUACUGAAAAAAAACUUGAGUUUUUUUGCUUAGACCAUGAGCAUUAUUUGUGUAGUAUUUGCUUACUUAACAUACGUGAGCUUAAAUGUAAAACAAUUGUUGAUAUUGAAAUUGCCGGCGAGCAACUGCUUACAACAAAAUUCAACGAGAGAAUGUCAAAAGAUUUAGAGAAUAUAGGAAAGCAUUGUAGGGACCAAGAAAACGAAAUUGCUAGAAUGAUAGAAAAAAGUCUCUUGAACAAGCAAGAAAUUCAAAAAUAUAUGACUGACCUUAAAUAUAAAGUGAUUAAUCAAUUAGAAAAGUGCGAGAAAGACAUACUAGAUAAAGUUAAUACAACUGAAGAGAAACGAAAUUCAGAGCUGAAAAGUCAACAAAAUGUACUUAAGGAAACACGCCAAACGGCUUCAGAAAAUAAAGAUAUCCUGCAAAAGAUUGUAAGUAAUUAUACAAGUGCUGAUAUCUUCCGAUGCUCGUUUUCAUUAGUGGAACAGACGGAAAAGCUACCUCUCUACAAAUUACCCAUGACUACAGAAAUGUGUUGUUACUCGGUUGAUCUAUCUCCUAUUAUGCACUCGUCCACAAAGUCCACCGAUAAUCAUCUUCUGAUGCAAUGUAAGACAACAACCACCUUAAACACGUUACAGAUAUGUUUGAGUGUUACAGCAGACAAAGAAAGAUUUCUUCAGACAACGAAACAAAUUGCUUUAACAGAAGAUAGAAAAUUAUCGUUUGAUUAUGGGUGCUCUAGUGUUGGUGCAGAUGUAAACUGCUCUUGUUCAAGUUCAAAAAGCAUAUCAGAAAAUGAUAGUAUGGUACAAACAAAGGCAGGUGCAAAUAACAUAGUUGAAGACAAUGCUUCAUUAAAUGAGGCUUUGAAUGACGAAAAACAUCCUUUCUUCGUUCGUAUUUCAGAUAAUGUUCUUACAAUACCUGAUGGUAAACAACCGGAGAUAACAGAUAUCGUCACAUUAACAGAUGGUUGCAUUGUCUUAUCUGACAGUAAAUG